UCCUCAGCUUGGCCAAUAGCAGUGUUGGCAGGUGAUGUCAUGCGUUAGGAGUGGUAGCGCUGCUGAUGCUGCUGUGCUCUUGUAUCCGAGGAGGUGCAGAUUCUGAGAAAAAUCAGGAGAGAGGGGGACGAGCGCUACCGAGACGGGUGGAAAAAGAACAGAUUAAGUCUCCUUGCUAGGUAAAGAAAGAAAACGAACAGCAUGACCCUGGCAGCAUAUCGAGAGAAACUGAAGGAGCUCCCUCUAGUGUCUCUAUUCUGCUCCUGCAUCAAGGCAGACCUUUCCGAGAAGCCGAGCUACAAAGCUGAAGAUGCAGUGGACCUGAACUGGUGUGAGAUCAAGGACGUGGAGGUGAUCGAGCUUAACAAGCGUGCAUCAGGCCAAGCAUUUGAAGUGAUCCUGAAGCCUCCUUCAUUUGAUGGCAUCCCUGACCUUAAUGCCUCCAUGCCACACCGCAAGGACCCCUCACUGGAGGAGAUCCAGAAAAAGCUGGAGGCUGCUGAGGAGCGACGGAAGUUCCAGGAGUCGGAGCUGCUGAAGCACUUGGCUGAGAAAAGAGAGCAUGAGAGGGAGGUUAUCCAGAAGGCCUUCGAGGAGAACAACAACUUCAUCAAGAACGCCAAGGAGAAGCUGGAGCAAAAGAUGGAGACCAACAAAGAGAAUCGUGAGGCCCUGCUGGCUGCCAUGCUGGAGAGGCUUCAGGAAAAGGACAAGCACGCAGAAGAAGUGAGGAAGAAUAAAGAGCUGAAGGAGGAAGCCUGCCGAUAAAUUAGAAGAAGAUGAAAAGCGGACUGUGUCUGGGAUGGUUAAAAAAAUAUUUAUCUAAUAAUUAGGAUGAGAGGGAGAUCAGUGAAACCAGAUAUCACUUCUCAUUAAAGCUUUUUUUUUUCAUGUCAAAAAACUAUACAUUUUUCAGACUAAAAUGAGCCAAAGUUCUAUUGUCAAAAGUUCAGGGGCACCAACCUUUUAGAAAAUCCAUAAUUUGUACAUACUGAGGUAAUGAUGGAGAAGGUAGAUGGCAAUUGAAUUAAUUAAAAAUAAUAAUAAAUAAUGCAGACAUACGUCAGAAUAUUUAAUCAAACAUUGCGGACAAGAUAACCAGAUACUGCACUUCCUAAAUGUCUAUAUACAGUGGAGGAAAAUAAAGCUUUUUUAUGAAUGCCAUCUAGCAAAGUGCAAGCUAUGCAUGUUCAUUCACUGGUCAUUUAUUUAUGAUAGAGGCACAUGUUUUCUCAAUAAAACCAAUUUAUAAGGAGUUUCCUCACACUGCCUUUUGUUGUCUGAGCCGUAUUAAAACUCGUGCUCUUGCAUUUUCAUGAGAUUUGAACCGGUUUUUAACCUGUUCACUUCUUUACAUAUUCCUUAAAUACUUUAAGCACAAUUACUAGGCACAUAAAAACUACACAAUAAAAUGUUUUUUUUUUUCAUGUUUAUACAAUAAAAUGAGAGAUGUAAAGAGAGAGCAGAUCCCAUUAAAGACAGAACGAAAGAGAGAUAUAGACGUUGUACUUCUGUUUUAACCCGAGAUGCUGCUUUAGCAUUAGUUGUGAAUGCUGCGAAUUUGUUUUGGCAUUUCUCUGUGCUGUUCAUUCGUGAUGUCAUGCCAAAGACGUUAGAAGUCAAAGUGAUGAUAUGUGCAGUGAUGAGCGUCAAUGUGAAUUGUUCAGGAAAACCCCGGUUUGCUCUUUCUUGUGGUUGUCAUUAAGAUGAUCCUAUAUCUGAUUUGGCAUGGCAGUCAGUAAAAACAUCUCUUUACUAAAUGA